UGGUCGCAGGCUCUCAGGAUUUUCAGCUUUGUGAAGGGAUUUACUUUUUCAUUGCUGAUUUUAGUUCAGUGAAAUGAUAGACUGGAUUUGAAACAUUUCAAUAUGGGCAGGCCCUACUCUGGUAUGAUUGGACAAUGGAUAGCAUGAAACACUUGCAAUAUACACAAUGAGUGCCCCAAGUGGGUGUGUCAACUGCAGUGAUGGCUCGGAGAAGUCUGACCUGAAACCUGAGGCAGAGUGCUCAGAGGGAGAAGAUGCUCAAAUUAGACUGGCACCUCAUGUGCAGGCGUACCUCGCACACAAUAGCCCUACAACCAACUGCUGUGGGCUCACCAUCCCCAUUGCCUUUGAAAGGGCUGCCCCGGGUACGUGGUGGAAUCCCAGAUUCGAUUCCAAAAUACUUGAAGGCCAAUAUAGACAUAGUUCCUUUAGACAAAUAAGAUUAAGAUUCAGAUUUGCACUUUUAUACAUUUUGAUAUUUUCUAUAUCAUGGUUUGUCUACUUUGUGGUCCUGGGUUUGAAUGGCAUGACAGUGAAAUGGCCAUUUCUGUGUUCUAUAUUUGCUGGAGUCCUGUUGAUAACAUCUGUUAUGUUGUAUGUCACAUUCACAAAUGUAUACAAGGGGUAUACAUUCAAGAUAUCCUUAGUUAUGGCCUUGGCGCUGUGCACUCUUAGCCUGUCACUUGUGACGCUCACCACACAGGUGCAGCCGCAUGGGCUGCCUCCCCGCGCGGCCGAUAUCAGCCAAUCAGGACACUUCAUCAUGUGCAUUGAAAUCCUGUUAAUUAUAUACACACUUACACCUCUACCACUUUUUGCCUGUGUUAUCACUGGAAUUUUAUAUUCAGUUGUUUUUGAAGUGUUGAACAUUGUGUUGCACCUGACUGAACAGGAAUGGCAAGGCCCUGGGCUAUUUGUGAGGGUCCUGCUGCAGCUGUGUGUGCACAUUAUCGGUAUACAUAUAUAUUUAAUGACAUUUGUCAGAAUGCGCGGUACAUUUAUGAAAGUAGGUCAGAGUCUGUUGGUGCGAAGACAGCUAGAAAUGGAGAAACAGUUGAAAGAGAAAAUGAUACAUUCAGUAAUGCCUCCAAAGCUUGCGAGCUGCCUAAUGGAGGAGCAAGUUUUAGAAUCAGAGCCUAAUCUGAAGAAUCAUCACGAUCCACUCAAUGCGAGGCCUUCUAAUCCCGCAGCGGGAGAUAUUAAGUCACUGUUCCGACCAUUUAACAUGAGCUGUAUGGACAAUGUCAGUAUUUUAUUUGCUGAUAUUGUUGGUUUUACGAGAAUGUCCAGUAACAAAGGUGCUGAAGAGUUAGUGAAUAUACUGAAUGAUUUGUUUGAAAAGUUUGAUGAGCUGUGUCAGAUACACGGCUGCGAGAAGAUCUCGACGCUAGGGGACUGUUAUUAUUGCGUGUCGGGCUGCCCGGAGCCACGCCCGGACCACGCCACGUGCUGCGUCGAGAUGGGGUUAGGUAUGAUAGAUGCUAUCCAAGAAUUCGACAGAGAGCGCGGGGAGGGCGUCAACAUGAGAGUGGGCGUGCACACGGGCACGGUGCUCUGCGGGAUCGUGGGCACCCGCAGGUUCAAGUUCGACGUUUGGAGCAACGACGUGUCCUUGGCCAACAAGAUGGAGUCGACCGGCAAGCCCGGACGAGUACAUGUCUCUGAAGAGACCACCAGGUUUCUCGGAGGCUCGUAUGUUCUCGAAGAAGGCGAGGAGGUUUUUGGUCAUAAAACAUACUUCAUAGAGGGCCGUCAGCUGAGCUCCCCGUACGACCACGAGCAGUGCCUCACGCCCGCCAACCCCGUCAACUUGCGCCUCAUUAUAUCCCCCGCAGUGUCCCCUCAGUCCGUCCUUUCUUUCAUGCAACCACCUCGCUCUCCCCAAUCUCCUCAAGGCUUCAAUGACGCUCGGAAAUCGGACAACUUUCUGUCGCCAGCUCCCUUCCAUUUCCGUGCUAAGGCUAGUUCGCUGCCCAGUAUAUUGGACUCCGACGAAAUGGAUGAAAAAAGGGAGAAAGGGUUUCCGGAGAGAACUGACAGCUCAUCUAAAAGUCCUACGUCUGUAGGAAGUUACGGCAAGUACGCGAGUAAGUUGAAGAAUUGGAAGGUGUCGAAAUUCUUAAGAAAACAUUCCGAUACCCCACUGCAUGCAAUAAAGAAACAAGAAUUCAGUGAUGCCGACAAAACACUUCAAUUACUAUCGUGCGGCGACGCGCCGUCGAGCAACGGCUACCAGCAAGUGCCUAUAGUAAUAGAGGCUCAGGACACUAAGGCCAGGGCGACCAGCAGCAAGCUCAACACGCCGGUGAACCCCGAUAUGGUGUCGUUUGAGAAGGAGAUCAUCGAUAUUCGGUCGUACCUGAGCCAAUCAAGGAGUAACAUGUCGCCGUUCGCGAGAAGUAGCAGCUAUAGGUCGCAAUACGGAAGGCCUACUAAUAUUGACAUACCCGUGUGCCGCGCGCGCAGCUCGACGCUGGCCACGCAAGGGGAGCUGCGCGCGUGCGUGCGCAGGCGGCAGGAGGACUCCGUCAGCCUGUGCCCGUCCGUCAACAGCCGCAAGGACAGCGGCAUACGGAGCACCAGCCGCCGCUCCAGCAUACAGCAGCAGAUAUUUGCCCUGAACCACACGGCGAUAGCGGUGUCGCAGCACGACAUGAUGCAGCACCGCGUGUCUGGCUACUACACGUCCUCGCAGUCCUCGCUCAACGAGCCACCGUGCCGCGCGCGCCUGCCGCCGCCGCUCAACGACCAGCAGGUACACUCCCUACAGAAGCUGCGCAAGCAAUCAGACCUGCAGCUGAUCCGCUGCGUCCAGGACAACGCCAGGUCAGGCAUCAACUACUUCGUCCAACCUCCCCUUAACAGAUUCACUCUCUUCUUCAAGGCGCCAGAAAUAGAGGCGCAAUAUCGCGACAAGGCGCACCGGAGCGACGACUGCGAGGAUUUCCCUCCGACUCUGACCACUUCUAGAUUUAACACCGCUUUGGAUAUUCUCGUUUCUGCUAUUAUCUUCCUGGCCGUUUCCGUUUCGAUAUUCGUUUUGUAUAACGAGUGGAGACAGUGGAUCGGGUGGUUCGCGCUGUUCAGUGUCAUAGAGGCUAUAACGAUAUCUUGCUGCGUGUACCGACACUACUUGAAGUGGAAGACGAAAGGGAACCCGCCCGUCACGGACACCAUCCGGCGGUCCGUGAAGAUAUUUAGGAAAUUAACGGCUUGGUUUCCGUGGCAUUUGUCGGGCGGGCUGCUAAUCAGCCUGCCGAUUCUGGCUAUUUUAAUUAAUUUCUCCUGUAAUUACACGACGAUGCCCAUUCUGAAAGGCGAGCAGUCCUUUUACGUGUAUCUGUUGUGCAUUAGCAUAGUCCACUUCUGUAAUUUCACCCAAAUGAACUGGCUGGUGAAGAACACUUUGGUGACUGUAUAUGCUGGUCUCUUCCUGUUCCUCGCCGUGUUCGGAUGUCACGAAGUUAAUACUCAAUAUUUAGACGCUGAUAUUAUGCGGCCUUCAAUAAUAGCCGCUACUUAUAAUACCUCAUUAAACGCGACCGAUGACUAUUCUGACGAAUGGCUAGAGAACAACAGUACAGAGACAGGCGAAAGCAUGCUGCACAAGAUGCAUUUAACGGAGCUUUAUUUAGACAUAGUUUUGCUGCUGAUGCUGGUAUGGUUUCUCAAUAGAGAGUUUGAGAUCAGCUACCGCCUCAGUUUCUACAGCAACGUUGUAGCCAACCGGGACAAGCAGAGGGUUCAGAACAUGCGAAACCAAGCGGACUGGCUCCUACACAACAUCAUCCCGCGCCACGUCGCCGACCAGCUCAAGAACACCGCCAAGUAUUCUGAAAACCACAAGGACGUCGGUAUUAUCUUCGCUAGCAUCGUCAAUUUCAAUGAAAUGUACGACGAGUCCUACUUAAAGGGAAAGGAGUACCUUAGAGUUCUGAACGAGUUAAUCGCGGAUUUCGACGAGCUAUUAGAAAGACCGGAGUUUCAGCACGUGGAAAAAAUCAAAACUAUCGGGAGCACGUUUAUGGCGGCUAGCGGACUCAACCCGGACUUGAGGCACUCUUCCCGCGGCUCGCACGAUCAUCUCUACCAGCUGAUGGACUUUGCUUUAGAAAUGCAGAAAGUUGUAGACAAUUUCAAUCAAGAUUUGCUAGAGUUCGAUUUCAUUCUUCGGAUCGGAUAUAACUUUGGGGAUGUAACGGCUGGGGUUAUCGGCACUACCAAAUUGUACUAUGACAUUUGGGGCGACGCGGUGAAUAUCGCGUCUCGGAUGGACUCGACGGGAGUCGUGAAGCGUAUCCAAGUGGGCGAGGCGUGCAUCCCUGUCUUGUCACCUAUCUACGAGUUCGAACAGCGCGGCAGCGUGUACGUCAAAGGCAAAGACGAUAUGAACGUAUAUCUCUUAGUCAGAAAAAAAUUACUCUAAGUGAAAUAAACUAUUUAUAAUGGAAAGUAGAAUCUGUGAUUUAAUUAUAUAUUUGUUACGUAGCUAACGUAAUGAGGUUACAGUUUAAGAGAUGCUUGGGUCAUACACAGAUUUAGGUUUUAAUUGGAUUGGAUUUUUCUGUUCCCGCAAGUUCUGAACUUUGGUGAAAUACAUGUGGUACAGGCCAAAAUUACGUCGGUUUGGUCGUACAACUCUCAACCAGAAAGAACGUUCCAGUAUGCUUAACUUUUGGGAACAGAAAAAAUAAC